AUGACUGCAAUUUUAGAGAGACGCGAAGCACGCCUAUGGGGUCGCUUCUGCAACUGGGUAACCAGCACUGAAAAUCGUCUUUACAUUGGAUGGUUCGGUGUUUUGAUGAUCCCUACCCUAUUGACCGCUACUUCUGUAUUUAUUAUCGCCUUCAUUGCGGCUCCUCCAGUAGAUAUUGAUGGUAUUCGUGAACCUGUUUCUGGUUCUCUACUUUAUGGAAAUAAUAUUAUUUCUGGUGCCAUUGUUCCUACUUCUGCGGCUAUCGGGUUGCAUUUUUACCCGAUAUGGGAAGCAUCAUCCGUUGAUGAAUGGUUAUACAAUGGCGGUCCUUAUGAACUAAUUGUUCUACACUUCUUACUUGGUGUAGCUUGUUACAUGGGUCGUGAGUGGGAGCUUAGCUUCCGUCUGGGUAUGCGCCCUUGGAUUGCUGUUGCGUAUUCAGCUCCUGUUGCAGCUGCUACUGCUGUUUUCUUGAUCUACCCUAUUGGUCAAGGAAGCUUCUCUGAUGGUAUGCCUCUAGGAAUAUCUGGUACUUUCAACUUCAUGAUUGUAUUCCAGGCUGAACACAACAUCCUUAUGCAUCCAUUCCACAUGUUAGGUGUGGCUGGUGUAUUCGGCGGCUCUCUAUUCAGUGCUAUGCAUGGUUCCUUGGUAACCUCUAGUUUGAUCAGGGAAACUACUGAAAAUGAGUCUGCUAAUGAAGGUUACAGAUUCGGUCAAGAGGAAGAAACCUAUAAUAUCGUAGCUGCUCAUGGUUAUUUUGGAUUGAUCUUCCAAUAUGCUAGUUUCAACAACUCUCGUUCCUUACACUUCUUCCUAGCUGCUUGGCCUGUUGUAGGUAUCUGGUUCACCGCUUUAGGUAUCAGCACUAUGGCAUUCAACCUAAAUGGAUUCAAUUUCAAUCAAUCCGUAGUUGACAGUCAAGGUCGUGUUAUUAACACUUGGGCUGAUAUCAUUAAUCGUGCUAACCUUGGUAUGGAAGUUAUGCAUGAACGUAAUGCUCACAACUUCCCUCUGGACCUAGCUGCUGUCGAAGCUCCAUCUACAAAUGGAUAAUACUUUGAUGUCAGUGUAUACGAGUCGUUGA